CUGACUUAUGCCUCUUUGUCCCAGACCACUGAGUCCUUAACAAACACAUCUCCUUGCCCAGCCAACAGUGACCCCCUGGUAGUGGGGGAAAGCUGGACAUGGUACAGGCAGGUGCCCCAAUUCUGCCACACCCUUUCCUAUCAAGAGUGGGGUCUCUCCUCCAAGACUUCUUUGCCCCUGAAAUGGAGUGGCUCUGGGAGUGGGGACGUGGCUCUAGUUUCCACGGAGACUUCUACCUCACAGCAAGUGGUGAUACAGGUGCCAAAGAACGGAUCUCAGAGAAAAGAAGGGCUUGGGAGGAAUAGGCAUCUCUGAAGGGAUCAGAAAGGGUCUUCUGUUCUACCCAGGUCUCAUGCUUGGGGUGAGGCCCCAAAGCGGUGAUGUCGUUUGUUAUCAGAAUGCCCCCCUCUUCUUCCAGGGUGACCAUUUGCCUACAGAGAGCUCCAGUUCCGACCCCUUCCCCUUGGGUGCCCACCCAAGCCCAGCCCUUGUCCCAGAGCCUGACAGCUUCAUUAGCUGGGGGGAAAGAGGACAGAAAAAAGGAGCAGGGCUAGAAUGAUUCCAGUAUUGGGCCUAGAGGAGGGAGGAGCAUUUCUUUACCUGAGGGCACAGGCCUCUCCCCUUGUUUGCUCUGAGAUAGCCAGUCUCGCUCCUGCCCAGCUUGAGGAGGCUGCCCUGUGGGUGCUGCCUUCCCUCCCCACCAGACCCAGACGCCCAGACCAACCCAUAGACGGCUGUAAGGCAGGACUCGGCCAUGGCCCGGCUUUCUGGGCUGUUGCUCUGUGGGGCCCUGCUGGGCUUCGCUUGCCUGGACCCCGGGGUAGCCGUGGAGGUGAAGGUGCCCGCCGAGCCCCUGAGCACCCCAGUGGGCAAGACCGCCGAGCUGACCUGCAGCUACAGCACGUCGGUGGGAGACAGCUUCGCCCUGGAGUGGAGCUUUGUGCCGCCGGGGAAGCCCCUCUCUGCGUCCCAUCCCAUCCUGUACUUCACCAAUGGCCAUCUGUAUCCAACUGGUUCUCAGGCAAAGAGGGCCAGCCUGCUUCAGAACCCCCCCACAGGAGGGGUAGCCACCCUGAAACUGACUGAUGUCCACCCCUCGGAUACUGGAACCUACCUCUGCCAAGUUAAUAACCCACCAGAUUUCUACACAAAUGGGUUGGGGCUAAUCAACCUUACUGUGCUGGUGCCUCCCAGUAGUCCCUUGUGCAGUAAGAGUGGUCAGACCUCUGUGGGGGGCUCUGCUGCACUGAAAUGCAGUUCUUCCCAGGGAGCCCCCAGGCCAGUGUACAACUGGGUACGCCUUGGAUCUUCCCCUACACCUUCUCUUGGCAGCAUGGUGCAAGAUGAGGUGUCUGGCCAACUCAUUCUCACCAAUCUGUCCCUGACCUAUUCGGGCACCUACCGCUGUGUGGCCACCAACCAGAUGGGCAGUGCAUCCUGUGAGCUGACCCUCUCUGUGACUGACCCAUCCAAAGGCCGAGUGGCUGGGGCUCUGAUUGGGGUGCUCCUGGGCGUGCUGUUGUUGUCAGUUGCUGCAUUCUGCCUGAUAAGGUUCCAGAAAGACAGGAGGAAGAGGCCCAAGGAGACAUAUGGGGGCAGUGACAUUCGGGAGGAUGCCAUUGCUCCUGGGAUUUCUGAGCAAACUUCUGUGAGACCAGAUUCUAGCAAAGGGCUCCUGCAGAGACCCCCCUCUUCCAGCAGUGUGACGACCACCAAGUCCAAGCUCCCUAUGGUUGUCUGAUUUCUCCCCCUGUCCUUGAAGGGGAAUAUCAAGAAUUAAAGCCUUUGGGUAUCA